AUGAGCCCCAGUUUUUGUGACGACAUCCGGGAGUACCCGAGAUCUAGCGAGAAAGGGUGGCAAAUUGUCGUCAACACCUCGGAGGGGGUGGUCACCAUGCCAGAAGGUGCCGAGGUCGGGCCUGAGCUGAUGCCACCGUUUAAGACGAGCCUUAUCGAAACCAAACAAAUUGUCUUGCCUGCGAUGGUGCACAAAACUCGCACCGCUUAUUUUCUUCUCAAGAAUGACAAUGAAACGUUGGGACGCUUCCUGAAAGCGGACCUAUUGACAGACAAGCUGAACAAACUGCAUGACAAUCUCUGGCUGGCCGGCCUGCCGCUGCCGCCACGGCCUUUGCAUCGUCAGGUCAUGAUGGGUCGUGCCUUGAAACUGACCGAGAUGCCCGACGAGCAUCUCGUGUGGCACCAGACCGAGCUCUUGCUCAAGCCACUGCCCGACUAUCUGCUCUGCCGCGACUUCUGGGCCGAAAAUCUGUGUAAAGAGAAAACCCUUUACGAAAGUGCCACCGGCUUCCUUCUCAGUUACGCCUGGCUUAUUGAGCGUAAAAGCGAUUUCAAAAUUGCCCAGGACGAGGGCCUGAUCUCAAAAGAUAUCGAAUGGCGGUGUUGGAUUUCCUUCAUCAAGGAGUUCUUAAUUGACAUCAAUCCCUUUAGCUUACACCAGGUCAACCGUCGCUACCUCUACGGUGAGCUGCGACUCACGCGGCUGAACCACAUAACGCGCUUCCUGCCUUCAAAGUGGCCUCAUGGCAAUUUUGUUCGGGGGUAUAUCUCGACCAGCACGUGGUACCAGGUCUUCUUCGAGUCUAACUUCUCCUGGCUGCUUGCCGUCUUCGCAUUUUUCUCUAUGCUCUUAUCGGCCAUGCAGGUCGGACUAGCAGUAGAUGAGCUGUCCGAUAAUCAACAGUUUGAAAACCUCAGCUACGGCAUCUCCCUGUUGGCCAUAGCGUCCGUCUUUUUUGGAUUGGCCCUGCUGUCGCUGGUUUGGGGUUUUCUCUUUUGCUACCACCUCUUCUCGACAAGGAGUUUGAAUCAGAGAAUGCAAAAGAAACGAAACGACAUCAAGCUGUCUGCGUGA